GAGUGUUCGCCGCUUGGCCCUCCCCGGGAAUCAACUUUUCCUUUCACAAAGUGGACAUGCACAAAAAGCAUGCUGCUCUUUCGAAUAUCUCGUGCGAUGGGCCUUCUUAUUAUCCCACUGCUGGCUUGCUGCUGCAACCCUCAUCCACCAGAAACCCAAUCCUCCCCCUUUCCUUCCUUUCUCCCCUUCCCGCUUCACCAUUCUUCUUUAAAUAAGCCUUUGAUUCUGCCCGAUUCUUCUUUCGUCCCCUUCUCCCUCUCUCUCUCUCUACUUACUCAUCGCUUAUUUUUACCCAUUCCUUCUAUAUACUACUUUAUAUUAUGCAACGCUCGAAAUCAGCAUCAAAUCGCUUAUCACCACCGUCACCGUCUUACUCGCCCGACGUCUCUAUACCCCAAACCACACGUCGUAAAUCAGCUGGUUGUUUGAAACGUAUCAACUCAUAUGGACAAUUAUCAUCGUCUGCCGUCGACAGCAGUAGCAAUUUGGCUGGCAAGAGUGCUUGGCGGUCCCCUGGACACUGUCAAAUUCCCGACGUUCUUGGUAACGCAUAUCUUAAACCCGAACUGCCAACCACAUAUGAUUUACGGCGUGUAGAUCAUUCGAAAAGAGUUUCUAGUCGUCCGUGGUAUCCACCCAGCCCCUAUUACGAGAUCCCACAGCCUCCGCCACUCACCCAAAAAACUGACAACGAGUUUGAACGUAAACUGCGCAAAAUUUUGAAAAGCGUGCGUGUACGCACAGCAGACCCUCGACUACGCUACGGCCACUUUCAAGAGAUCGGCACUGGUGUCAACGGUGCUGUUGUCCGCGCUCGUUAUCACCGGAAACCUGGAGUCCAAGUAGCCAUCAAGCGCUGUAUUCUUUACCCAGACCGCGACUACCGUCAAGCCAUUGUCCGUGAACUGUGUAUCAUGGCCAGCAAACACCCCAACCUGAUUCGACUUCGCGAAGUGUCUAUCUGGCGAGAUGACUUGUGGAUUGCCAUGGAUUUGAUGCGCUCGUCCGUAUUCACAGUCUUGUGUCGUCGAGGCAUUCCCGAGCAACACACAGUCUACAUUACAUGCGAAACGCUUAAAGCACUGAUCUACCUGCAUGCCAUUGGUUAUCUGCACCGAGAUAUCAAAUGUGAGAACAUUUUACUCGGGCGGGACGGUCAAGUAAAACUGGCUGAUUUUGGAUUAUCUGCAUGCACUGAUCGCCACAACCGCGAUCGUCUGGGUACGAACAAGUGGAUGGCCCCAGAGCUGAUUCGCCAAGAAGUCUAUGAUGAAAAGAUUGACAUGUGGUCGUUGGGUAUCACCAUCAUUGAAAUGAUGGACCGUGUGCCCCCUCAUUACUUGCUUAAAAACGAAGACGAGUUAUUUCAAACCAUCACAAGUGAACCUGGUCCAACGUUCAAGUAUAGUUAUCCCUCGAUCUAUAUGCGCGGACUUGUUGCUUGGCUCCUGGAUGAAGAGCCUCGAUCAAGACCCGGUGCAAAUGACGUGCUCAUGGAACUGGACGUGCACAUCAAAAGUAAUCUUCUCCCUUGCAGUUCGCCAUCAGAACUGGCACGUUUUCUUGGCCAAGUUUUGCCGCCUCAGUGAUCCAAAAGCAUCCAAUAAUAAAGCAUGUAUUCAUUGCCAUCC